AGCACGGCCCUGCCUGCCGCCUGCGCUGCGCAGCCUUCGCGCGCGCCCGGAUGGCGCUUUCCUCCCAGGACCGGCUUAGAAUGCAAUAAUUCAAGAAUUUUAUAAUACAGUGGAGUAGCUUAACAACUGCUUAUGCGCUUUCCAUGAUAUGUUCUCUAUAUUAAAAAAUUAUGACAUCAGCAUCCAAAGGAAUUCUCCGCCCAUUUUUAAUCGUCUGCAUUAUCCUGGGCUGCUUCAUGGCAUGUCUGCUCAUUUACAUCAAGCCUACCAACAGCUGGAUCUUCAGUCCAAUGGAGUCAGCCAGCUCAGUGCUGAAAAUGAAAAACUUCUUCUCCACCAAAACUGAUUAUUUUAAUGAAACUACUAUCCUGAUUUGGGUGUGGCCAUUUGGGCAGACCUUUGACCUUACAUCUUGCCAAGCAAUGUUCAACAUCCAAGGAUGCCAUCUCACAACAGACCGUUCUCUGUACAACAAAUCUCAUGCAGUUCUGAUCCAUCACCGAGACAUCAGUUGGGAUCUGACUAACUUACCUCAGCAGGCUAGGCCACCCUUCCAGAAAUGGAUUUGGAUGAAUUUGGAAUCACCAACUCACACGCCCCAAAAAAGUGGCAUUGAGCACCUGUUCAACUUGACUCUGACCUACCGCCGCGACUCAGAUAUCCAAGUGCCUUACGGCUUCUUGACGGUGAGCACAAACCCCUUCGUGUUUGAAGUGCCAAGCAAAGAGAAGUUAGUGUGCUGGGUUGUAAGUAACUGGAAUCCUGAGCAUGCCAGGGUCAAGUAUUACAAUGAGCUAAGCAAAAGCAUUGAAAUCCAUACCUAUGGGCAAGCAUUUGGAGAGUAUGUGAAUGAUAAAAAUUUGAUUCCUACCAUAUCUACUUGCAAAUUCUAUCUUUCUUUUGAAAACUCAAUCCACAAAGAUUACAUCACAGAAAAGCUCUAUAACGCUUUUUUAGCUGGCUCUGUACCUGUUGUUCUGGGGCCAUCUAGGGAAAAUUAUGAGAAUUAUAUUCCAGCAGAUUCAUUCAUUCAUGUGGAAGAUUAUAACUCUCCCAGUGAGCUAGCGAAGCAUCUGAAAGAAGUUGACAAAAACAAUAAGUUAUACCUUAGUUACUUUAACUGGAGGAAGGAUUUCACAGUGAAUCUCCCACGAUUUUGGGAAUCACAUGCAUGCUUGGCUUGUGAUCACGUGAAAAGGCAUCAAGAAUAUAAAUCUGUUGGUAAUUUAGAGAAAUGGUUUUGGAAUUAAAGUUUUCCAUCAUUUGCACAUUUGGAAAAAUUAUUUUGAUGAGCUAUCAUCCAAGUUUUGAGGAUAAGAAGAGAGACAAUAUUCUGCUUUUGUGUCACAAUUUAUUUUUAUCACUCUCUCUUGGGUAACAUGUACACUUUGAUGGAGAUUUCUGAGAGCUCAGCACUAGCAAUCACUCCCUUUGGUUUUAAAUUAUCCUGUAUAUACCUAAUUAUGUGCACUGAAAAUUAAUUUAUUCUUUGCUACCAUUUGUAAACAUUGUUUUUCACAUUUUGGUAGUUGUUUGUAAUGUACAUUCGUGAUAUGAUUGUUGUUUCUACAUUGGUCAGCUGUUUAAGCUAUUUGGGAGAUGACAAUGCACAUCUUAAAAUAUGAAAUAUUUUCACUAAAUACCAUGAUCUCUAGUUCCAAGUUUGCCUAAUAUAACAAAGGAAAGGUAUUUGUAACUGAGUUCUAACCUCUUUGACUUCAAAGUGAACAAAGUGUGUAACUGUCUCUAUUAGAUAUACUUUUUACCUGCUUGCCACAUUUUUUGUGAAGGGAGAAUUAUUCAUGUAGUGAAUUAAAAAGAUGGUGAAGCUGAACUGUUUUUUUUCAGGAAGGUAUUAGACUUUUCAUUUAUUUUCAUUAAGCAGUCUUGCAAAUGCAGCCACUUGUUCUCAAGAUCUUAAGUUAAAUUAUUCAAGUAUUUCUAAAUAUCCAAUUUGGGGGGAUUUGUAGAACUUGGGAAAUAAUCCUGACAAUACAUAAGAAUAUCUAGGAUAGUUCUCUUCCCAAUCCUUACACUUACUAUUAUAAUAAAACAAAUAAUUUCCUCAAAUAACAAAGGAAAAGAAUGUGUAUAGAUACAAAUCAUAUUUAUAAGUGGUACAUUUAUGUAUAAUCUUGAAUAACAUAAAAAUUUAAAAUAUUUUUUCCAAGCCCCAAUAUUUAAAAGUUUCAUUUUACCAUGUGGACAAAUAAAUAGACAAAACAUUUUAAAGGUUUGCUCUCACAUUACAAGAACCUAAAUAAAAUUAUCAUUAAGGUGUUAUGCAGAAGAUAUUAAACAAAGUGGGGAUCUAUAGGUAAUACACAGUUCUAACCCAGAGUACGAUCUCAAUGCACAUUUAUUAAAUGAAGAAAUGAAUGUCAGUGAAAAUCAUGGGAAAAUUUUUGUUUGCUUCAAGAAAGUUAUAGUUCUAGUGUAGAAAUAUUAACUGGAUAUAAUGUUUUAUAUUUCAUUUUCAUAAUUUUUCAUAUAUAGCACUUGUGACCAUGGCCCUCAGAGCUUUACAGAACCAAAAUAAACUUGCCAUUACACUAAGUUCUUGGAAGAUUCAUCCCUGAACCUGCAGUUGUACACAACAAUUUUCCUCUGUAAGGUUAAGAGCUGGAUAUAAGCAGAGAUUAGUAGGUGGAAAAAGAUGGGAUGUUAAGGAUUUUUUAAGAAAAACAUGCCCCAAAAGAAUCUUUAAUGACUAUUCCAUUCAGGCCAAAAACCCAUCAAAAGAACUGGAGUGUUCUGAUGACAUCUUUUUGGAUCUAAUUGUGACAUAUUCUAAUAGUCCUGUUACAUGUUAACAUUAGUAGAAUACAAAUCCACCAUCCUCUACAUCAAAUGGAAGUUAGAUAGAGACAAACUUGAGUUCAGUAAGUAGGACAUAUGUCCAUUGCCCCAGACUGCCUUGUGUGGGAAUGAGCUCUCUGGAGCUCUAGGAGGAGUGGACCAGAGGAAGAUUCUGGCAUGAGAUGGAGGACUGUUUGAUCCUCAGGUUCAUUUCUUUACCCAUGUCAAACAGGCAUGUUGUGUCAGGCAAUGCCCUAACCAGAGAUAAAGACGAACAAGUUACUGUCACUGCCCUACAGGAGCUUACAGUUAAGUGGAGAGAUAGAUGAAAGCUUUCUUUGAGUCUGUGUUAAUGCACGUACUCCUCUCAAUGGAGUUUAUAUGAGGCACUGUUGAUUUAAUGAAAAUAAGAUAGCAUAUUUCCCCCAUUGCUCAGGGAUUUGACAUAUUUCUGAGCUGCAAACUUUGUUCAUUCAUUUCACUACUCACUGAUGUAGGUUCCCUCCAUAUUAUGUCUUCUAACACAUCACAUCAAGAAGUGGUGUGUCUGUGUGGAUGCCCUCGUAGAUAAAGGUAAAUCUCACCUACGUUUAUUUCAUCAGGUUAAAAAGUCUAAUUCAUACAUUUACACAGACUUUGUCAUUCUUUUGUCAUCCUACCAAAAGUGUAGGGUUCUAAACAGGUUGCAUGGUUAACAUGUUUAGAAAGCACCUGCUUUCCUCAAAAGUAGCGAAGCAUUCAGUGUCUUGACAACCCAUCUUGGCUCAUGAUCUCAAAGAACUAAGAAACCUGGGGACAUCACCUCUCUUGCCAAAUAUGAAUUUGAUCUCUUUUUUAGACUGAGUAUAAUCACACGCUGAUAAUAUGACUCAAGCCAAGGCAAUAAUACUAUGUCACUACCUGACACAUCUAUAUAUUGAAAACCCAUUACCAGGUCCCAGAAGAAUAACUUUUCUGAAUUUGAAGUGCCAAAAUGAAUGAGUCAACUUAGCCCAUCAGUUCUGGGAGUAUUUAUUUGUAAGUUUUAGGGCUAGAUGGUAUUAUAGCAAUGUUUACAAACCAAUCCCUUGAUUCUACUUAUGGAUUAACCAGAUCCAAGACUGGAAUGUAAGGGUGCCCUAACUCUCAAUGCUAUGUUAUUUUUCAUUGUAUUCUCAUCUAACCAUAGAAGUACGUCUCAAUUCAUAAAAAUGCGAAUGCCUUAUUGGUCUAAUUAAGGCCUAUGGAAUGGUACACUCUAUGUGGAAGCACUUUGACUUUUGAAAAAAGUAUAUAGAAAUACAACAUCAAACUUGUUAGCAUUCUUUCUGUUUUAAAUAUUUUAGGAGAUGAGCUUUAGCAGAAGGAAGUGGAUUUUGACUACAUUUUAAGUGAAAUGUGACCCUCAAAGAUGGUGUAUGGUUCUGAGGCACUCCAUUAAUAAAUACCAUGGAUUGCAAUUCUUUUAAAGGAUAUCUCCUGGUAAAAGAUAUGGAUUCAACAAAAUUAGCUUGCUUUUGGUUAUAAAAACAAAUAAUUAUGCCAGAGGAUAAACUGUGCAUAUAAAAACAGAAUAGACCGCUUAAAAAGUUUUGUUCCAAAUUAUAAAAAAUCUUUAAUGGUCUGAAUAUUAAAUGUUAAUUAUUAUAGGCCUUACUAGUAAGAAUAUAUAAAUAUUAUAAUAGGUCUUCUUUGUAAGAAUAUAUACUGAAUUCUCCAUAUCCAACAGUAUUAAACUCCUAAAAAAAAAAAGACAUGACAGUCAUAUUAUAUGACAGCCAUAAAUUUUAGAA